AUGAGCCUUCGUUUCUUGUCGUCCGCCAGCGCUGCCGUCCGUCGCCUCUUCCGAAGAACUCCGACCCAUCUUUGUGCUCCCUCUUUCCUCCACCUAGUUAGAGGCAGCAGUAGCUCACCAGGGUCGAGUGGAGCCGACGAUUCCGAUAUCGAACUGCCGCCUCCGCCCACGGACUGCUGCAUGAGCGGCUGUGCCAACUGCGUCUGGGUCGUGUACGCCGAGGAGCUGGCAGAGAUAUACAGGGACGGUGGGCGAGCGGCGGAGAAGGUUCUAGAAACAAUCCAGGAUCCAAGUCUCCGGAUAUUUCUCAGUCUUGAGCUGAGGGAGCGACUGAAACCAAGCCAAGACUAG